UUUUUAAUUAUUUCACCAAGUAUCUAUUAGGAUGCGUCUCCAAUCAUCUUCUCCAAAUACCAGCUCCUCAUCAUCACCACCAUGCCAUGAUCAUGUGGUAUCCAUAAUCAUGGAUGUUGAUCAUGUUGAUCAUCAUGGGGUCUCCCUAAAGAAACCUCUCUUGCAUGGCCAUGAUGAUCGGCACGACACAUUUCCUCGGCUCACCGCCAAGGAGGAAGCCGACGGCGAGCUCUCUACGCGCGACAACGAUGGCACGUCUUUCUCGAGGACUUGUUUGAACCUCACCAACGCCAUCUCAGGUAUCGGGGUUCUGUCGAUGCCGUACGCGCUCUCUGAAGGUGGAUGGCUCAGCUUAGGCCUCUUCUUUUUCGUCGGAGUCCUAUGCUAUUACACCGGAAUACUCAUCCAGCGGUGCAUGCACGCCGAUACAACAAUCAGAACCUAUCCCGAUAUCGGAGAAUACGCUUUCGGUUCGAAAGGAAAGGCCAUCAUAGCGAGUUUCAUGUAUCUCGAGCUCUACCUCGUCGCGAUCAGCUUCCUAAUACUCGCGGGGGAUAACUUGGAUAAGCUGCUCCCCGGUAUAACUAUUGAGAUAAGCAGGUUGAGAAUAGAAGGGAAGCAACUGUUUAUACUUGUUGCCGCUGCGCUGAUCCUACCGUCUACGUGGUUUCGGAAUCUGGGCAUGUUAGCUUAUGUUUCGGCCGGGGGAGUUAUCGCGUCGGUCAUCUUAACGGGUUCUUUGAUAUGGGCUGGAGUUGCUGAAACUGGAUUUGAGAGCAAGGGGGAUUUGUUCAACUUGAAGGGGAUUCCCACAUCUGUGGGCUUGUAUUUUGUGUGCUUCACUGGUCAUGCAGUUUUUCCUACUAUUUACACCUCCAUGAGAGUUAAAAAUCACUUCUCCAAGGUGCUGUUAAUUUCAUCUGUUUUGUGCACUCUCAACUACGGAUUAACUGCAAUUUUGGGGUACCUUAUGUACGGCGAGGAUCUACAAUCUCAAGUAACACUAAACCUUCCUACAGGAAAAAUCUACACAAAAAUCGCAAUAUAUACCACUCUAAUCAAUCCUCUCACGAAAUAUGCUCUCGUAGUCUCCCCGAUCAUGACAGCGAUUGAAGAACGGCUCGGUCUCGCUUUUAGCAAUAAAUCGACUAGCCUCUCAAUACGAACUCUUAUCGUGAUGAGCACGGUGGUAGUGGCAUCGACUAUACCUUUUUUCGCCUACUUAAUGGCGUUCAUCGGAUCGUUUCUGAGUAUCAUGGCGACCGUCUUGUUCCCGUGCUUGUGCUACCUCAAGAUUUAUAAGGCCGCGAGGAUUUGUACCGUCGAGUUUGUGGCAAUUGUAGGUAUAUUAGUGAUUGGAGUGGUUAUUGCUGUUGUAGGAACUUACUCUUCAGUGCAGCAAAUUCUUACUAGUUUGUAGAGACUAUUAGAGCCUAUGUUUUGUU